AUGGCCGUUAGUGAUAAGAAGUUCAAUGAAAUGAUGACCCACAAUAAAAUGCUUGAAAACCAAAUUUCUCAACUUGCUAAUGCUUUGAAAGAUCAUGCAAGCCCUUCUUCUUUACCUUCCCAAGUUCUUGAUCCCAAGAAACACGUGAAUGCUAUUGUUACAAGGAGUGGUAAGGUUCUUGAGGAGAGGUUACCUAGGAAGGGUGAGGAUAAGGAGAUUCCUAAGAAAGCCUUGGUUGAGAAUGAGGGGGAUAGGGCAUCAUUGGAUGAGGUUGUGGUUGAGACACCUAGAGAGGUGAGAGUAGAGAAAGAAAUUGUGAAACCCAAGCUCCCUUACCCACAAAAAUUCAUGAGACGCAAAUUGGAUGAACAAUUUGGGAGAUUCAUUGAUAUGCUAAAACAACUUCAUCUUUCUCUACCUUUUACCGAUGUUAUCAACCAAAUGCCAAAUUAUGCCAAAUUCCUCAAGGACAUUUUGAGUGGGAAAAGAACUUGUGAGGUUGUGGAGACUAUCAAUUUGACCGAAAAUUGUAGUGCUAUCAUCAUGAACAAAAUGCCUCCCAAAUUGAAAGACCCCGGAAACUUCUCCAUCCCUUGUGCCAUUAACAAGAUGCAAAUUGAUAAUGCCUUAUGUGACUUGGGAGCUAGUGUGAGCAUAAUUCCAUAUUCGGUUUAUCAAAUACUUGAGCUAGGGGAACUCUUACCUUCUAACAUUACAUUGCAAUUAGCCGAUAGGUCAAUUAAGUUUCAAAAGGUAAGGUAG